GCGAUAACUGCCAGUAGCCACGUGCAAGGAAGCUGAACGUGUGAAAACGAUUAUGUCACAUUUGCCUUAUGAGUCGCACGAGAAUAAAUGCAAUAGUAUACGUGAAAAUAUGACAAGUGUUAGGAAAAAUUUCACCGGUGACCUGAGUCACGAAACCAAACCGGAAGGUCGCGUACUUGUGCUUUAUACGGGCGGCACGAUAGGGAUGAUGAGAGACGAACGUGGAAAACAGUUUGCUUGUUAUAAUAAAACCUGGGACACACUUUAUUCAUAUCCUGAGUUUUCUCAUCUUCUAAUUUGUUCAGAGAUUAUUUCCUGAGCAUGCAUCAAGUCCCCCAAACAUAAUACGAAUCGAAAAUUUAAAUGUGACGCAUUGAUACCGAAAGCCAACAUGUUCGUGAAGAAUCUGCGGAAAUAUCCGCAGCUACACGAUCGCGAGUACGCUGAUAAAAGAUUCGGCGCGAUGGGGCCGUUAGUACUGCCCGUGACAGCGACCGACAGUCGCCGUGUCAUUUACAACGUAUUAGAAUAUUCUAAUCUGUGCGAUUCCAGUAAUAUAACUAUGGACGAGUGGAUUCGCAUUGCUAACGAUAUCAAGGAGUCAUACGAGUACUUCGAUGGUUUUGUGGUUCUUCACGGUACAGACACUAUGAGUUACACGGCGUCAGCUCUGUCCUUCAUGCUCGAGGCCUUGGGAAAGAUUGUCGUACUGACCGGUUCGCAGGUGCCGAUUUUCGACACCAGAAGCGACGGCCUGGACAAUUUCUUGGCAUCCCUCGUAAUCGCGGCGAAUUACAACAUACCGGAAGUAUGUGUGUUUUUCGGCACAAACUUGAUGCGCGGCAAUCGGACGAGCAAGGUGUCCGUGACGUCCUUCGAGGCGUUUAAUUCGCCGAACUGUCAACCGUUAGCCACGGCGAACAUUAAAAUCGAAGUGGACUAUCGCGCUAUUUUUCGCCCGUGCAGAUUGGAGAAGUUUUACGUGCACGCGACGCUCAAUCGAAACGUAGGCCUGCUUCGACUGUUUCCCAGCAUCACGUCGGAGUUGGUGCGAGUGUUUCUUCAACCGCCGAUCGAAGGUGUUGUGUUGCAAUCUUACGGCAUGGGAAACGUGCCAACAAAUCGCGAGGAUAUCAUCGAGGAAAUUCGCGCGGCAACAAAGCGCGGUGUAAUUAUCGUGAAUAUUACGCAAUGCGCGACUGGAUGCGUCUCGGACGCAUAUGAGGCUGGCAAACUACUUAAAGAAGCUGGGGUGAUAUCCGGCUUCGAUAUGACUCCGGAGGCCGCGUUAACAAAACUCGCGUACGUCUUAUCAAAAAACGACUGGGACACGGAAAUAAAGCAGCAAAUGAUACAGACGAAUUUACGAGGUGAGCUAACAGCCGGUCGACCGCCCACUUUACAAGACUGGGACCUGGUGGAGGCCGUGGCCAUAUCUUUGAGAUUAUCCUCGGCGACAGAACAUCAGGAAUUGCGAACGAUUCUGUUCCCGGCUAUGUUGAACGCUGCAGUGAUUAGACGUGACACUGUGAAACUCGAGUCGCUGAAGGGAUACGGUGCGGAUAUCUCGCAGCCAAACGCAGAUGGCCGAACGGCUUUGCACAUAGCUUGUUGUGAAGGUGAUAUACAUGUUGCACGGCAUCUCUUGAAGAUGGGCGCGAACGUUCACGUCAAAGAUCGGUUCGACCGCACACCUCUUACAGAUGCGAUCGAAUACGAUCAUCACGAUAUUAUCAAGAUGCUGUUGCACUGCGGCGCGCAUCUUCACGGCAAUGCUUUACUGAUAGGAGAGAAAAUGUGCGUGGCCGCGGCUACCGGAAACACAAAGCGCUUGCAGUCGUAUUUGAUAGCCGGUGUGGAUUUGUCACAGAAGAAUGUCUCCGGAUGUACACCGUUACAUUUCGCUUCUCUUCACAAUCACGCGGAAACUAUCGCAUUUCUGCUGGAACACGGCGUAGAUCCGAACAGUGUCGAUAUGCUAGGACAAACUGCGGCGGAUCUUGCAAAAGCUGCAUGUGCGGCGGAUGCGCUAUGCUUAUUAGAAUCUUCCACGCAAAAUGGUAAUGUUGUUAAUAGUAAAACUGCAACGUUGGAACAAGAUCUAAGUUUAUCAACACCUUAUCACGUUGAUAUGAAAAUAAAUUUCGACCUUGAUAAUUUGAAUUUGCAUUAAAAGUAAAAUUUAAUAAUUUAUUAUCUCUUCUUAUAAUUCUGACGUUUUAUUAGAAGAAACAAUAGAGUAGUAAUCAUUUUGCAAAGCGAGUGAGAUCAGACUUCUAAAACUUGAAAAAUAUAUAUUUUCUCUUAAAUAUAUAUUUAAGAAAAAAUUACUAAUUGCUGA